UAGAAGAUGUGGCAGCAAUCUGGGUGGUAGGAAUAGAAGGCAGACCUUCCUUAGGAUGGGUGACCAAGAAGUUUAGAGGUCUGAGCAUCCCCGGAGAGGACUAGAAGUGCAGGGUCCCUGACUUCUAGUGGAGGGGCCCUGGAGAGCAAGGGAGGAAAUGAAAUCCCAGCACUUCUCCUCAUGUUGGGUCAUUUCCCUUCCAGGAAGUUUCAGCUUCCUGAUUCAGGCACCCUUGUGAGACGGAAUUUGGGAGGAAAUGAUAUAGGACAUGGUAUUGAUGAGACCUGCUUGUCCCCAUAUGGAGUCCUCCUCUCAGCCUCUCUGGAGGCAGAGCUGGGAAUGGAAAUAGGGGGUUUCUGCUCCAGCACUGUAGCACCUCUGCACUAAGGAGGGAGGGAGCGACCUCAUGGUCCCCCAACCCCAACUGCAAAUACAGGUACUCUGCUUGCUGCACCUUCCCACCAUGAAGCCUUCUGCUAGGUAUGAGUCCUUGGAAGCAGGGGCCUCCCCUUCCUCCAUUGCCCCCAAGACUUUCUGGGGAGAAGUCAGUGGAAUGAAGGCUUGUGCUGAAUGGGACACCUCCCUUAUGGGGGUGGGGAGGAGCGCUGAGAGCUGGGAGCAGAAGCCCCUACUAGCACAGGUGAGAGAGUUCUGGAUUAAAUCUUGCCACAGACCCGAAAAGAUUCUGCCAGAAGAAUGGGCAAGAGCAGUGUAGUGCCACCGUCCACAGUCCUCCUCCCCAUCCACCGUCCUGUACAUCAGCCCUACCCACCUGUGUCUCCAGGAUGAGCUCACAAACUGCCGUUUUCUCAAAAUCUGCUCUGCUGAGGGCUUAGCAAGGAUCCUCUCACUCAACAUUCCUACCCUCUCCCGAGGGAGGCAUAUUAUCCCAGUUUUGCAAAUGAGCACAGAGAUAAACAGUUGGGGAAACCCAUGCUGUGUGACUUCUAAAGCAGAGCCUUUGUCCCUGCACUGCCUCUCCCCAAUCUGAUGCAGGUUUGGGCUGAAAGAUGAUUGAAAUGGAGGAAUGGAUUUGAAAAUCUAGUGAAUGGUGGGGCCUGUGAAUGCUGGGGGAGAGGGAUAAUCAAAGCCAGCGUGCGUCGAGGUGGAAGUAAGGAGACGGAGGUGCAACCUGGUCCUGGGGAAGGGAGUAAGGAAUGCAAGGGACGUCCAUGGUUGGUCUGGGCCCAGCCUCCCUGCUUGCCUAGCAUCCAUAGGUGCUUACAAUCCUUAGUAGGCGUUCAAACAAGAGCAGGUGAAAUUGAGCUAUCCCGCACUCCUGGCAAUCACUGGGCACUCGAUGAAUGUGGACACGUUGAUAAACAUGCCUCUCUGCUGAAAGGUCCCCACGCACUGCCGCCCCACUAGGCUCAAAGGGCCACGCCCGCUUCCCGCCGCCGGGGGUCCAGCGCAAUCGGCCCCUUGCAGGACCCGGCGGCGCGCGGGAACGCCCGGGGCGGGGCCUGCAGGCUCGAGGAGGCGGGGUCGGCCCGCAGGGGUCUAGGGUCCGCUUUCUGAGAGUUCGGCUGCGAGCCGCGCGCGGAUGCUGGAAGUUCACAUCCCGUCGGUGGGGCCCGAGGCCGAGGGCACCCGGCAGAACCCCGAGAAAGGCCACAUGGUGUUCCGAGUGGAGGUGCUGUACCGCGGGCGCAGACACGUCGUGCAGAGGCGCUACAGCGAGUUCCACGCGCUCCACAAGCGGAUCAAGAAACUGUACAAAGUACCCGACUUCCCCUCGAAACGUCUGCCCAACUGGAGGACCCGAAGGUUGGAGCAGCGGCGGCAGGGCUUGGAAGCCUAUAUCCAGGGCAUCCUAUACUUGAACCAGGAUGUGCCCAAGGAACUACUGGAAUUCCUGAGUCUUCGGCACUGGCCCACAGACCCCAAGGCCAGCAACUGGGGCUCGCAGCUGUACCACCGGCCUGUCGUCAGCUUCCCCAUUGAUCCUUAUAUUUGCAUCCCAUCCCCAGAACCUCUGCCCAACAUGGUGGUGCUCGGUGUGCUCCAGGGCCUCUAUGGCUUCAAUGCCAGCACAGCUGAAGCCCAGCCGGAGGCCGCCUGUCACCCUGCUCCAGUGCCACCGAUGCCCUGACCAGCGCAGAGGCUUUUAGGCCACCUGCCAGAACAGUCAUGUGCCUCAGUCCUCAAGCUGGGUCACCCUUGGCCUGGAUCCAGGACUCACCAGUCUCCACCCCUCUGGGCUCAGGACU